GAAGCAUCCAUCUUUUUAUCACCAAGCCACACCUCCGCUAAACUAACACGUGAUACUCAGGUUUUGAGCACGUGCUACCUUGGCGACGCAUAGAAACCGAUGCGGAAGAAUGCAGAGCUCAGCACAUGGAUUCACUUGUCCAUUCUCGGAAGGCGGCGUCCUCAAUGGCACAGAAGGGCAAGAAGGAUAAGGGCAGUGGAGGAGCUGCAGCGGCCGAGGUGCCUCCUGAGAGAGAUGUGAUACCUGGGAAGAUCACAGAGAGCCAGUGGCAAGAGUGGUUGGAAGGUGAGGAGUCGAGUGAGGUGGCAGGGGAAGUGGUGAGAGGACUGGUGGACCUGGCCUUCUACCUGGACCGAGACCACUGUCUCGAGGAACAGGCUUUCUCCCACACUGUGCAGGCUGCUAGAGCCUCUCUCCUACAAAUCAUUGAGUGGGAGUUUCUACAGAGAGAUGAAGGAGAGCGAGAUCCAGGGAAUGACCCCAGCUGGCUCGAAGAUGACGAGCCGGAGUGUUCGGUGAUAGACUCGUGGGCUAGAGGUAUUGUUCCUGAGGUGAGAGAUCUCCCGGAGGCCAAGGAUGAGGUCACCACUACUUCCACCACCAGUCUGGACCACCAGGUGCCCCUACCUAACGAGAGGGAGACGAGUACCACUAAUUCCAUACCUCUCAGAGAUAAUAGCAGGCAGCCGACGAGGGAAAGUACUGUUGCCAGCUCUUAUUCAACAGCCGUCACUACAGCCACCAGUAGACAACCUUAUAGACAGACAGCGCAGAAGCAGGUGUCGAGACCACGGCCGAAAGCGAGACGGCCUCAGGCGAGACUGGUAGCCCUGACUCAGCCCCAGACCACACCGGACCCUCAGACACCUUCCACACACCACACAGAUCUUGUGCCAUCCCCAGCUGGCUCACACACACCCACUACCUCUCCAGUCCCACCCUCCCCCUCCUCCCCACCUCCCUUCCUCCCCUACAACAUGAAGCCAGCUCAGCUGCGUUGGCAAAAGGAUGUCACAUACGACAGCUCGGGAAAAAUUGUGGACAUGUUGAGACUCAACCCUUCCGCCUUCCCUUCUCACAGGGUACGACCGAAAGUAACAGUCAGUGAUCCAAGUCCAGCUCAUGGUCGCAGACCUACUCACCACUCCUCUAAAGACAAAACCUCCGCCACUUACAACAACUCACAGUCUUCAGCAAGACUGGAGGUGGCAGCAAUGCUGUGGGGACGGGGAGGGAAGGGGGUGUGAAGAUGGUGGGUGUGAGAAGGAGGGGAGGUGGGAGGAGUAGUGAGGAUGGGCCACGAGGUGGUGCCACUGACUCGAGGACAGGAACAAAGGAAAAGAGCAGAAGGUUCCCAGAGGUUCUCACACUACCAGCCCUGGUGGACACGAUAGACCUGAGUCCUGGUGUAAGUCUGAGAGAGGGGAGAAGGAGUGGCCGUGGACCCCCCAGUCCCUGCAGACCUCCCCACUUCCUCUUGCCCCACACAGCCCUCCACCCUCUAUCACUCCCUCCUCACUCCCUCCCCACCUCCACUGGAGACACUGGAUGACAUCAUAUCCACCACAUAACAUUGUGCAAUGAAGUUGUUGUAUAUUAUGCUAGGCAUGAGAGAUUAUUUCCAAUCCACGCAAAAUAUAUAUGUAUCUUUGGUUUUAUCACCAAACACCUAUUGCA